ACGAGAGAAGCGGGCUGAUUUCCUCUACUAUGGAUGGGGAUAUCUACGAUCAAUUUGGGGAGGCCAUUGACAGAAGGCUUGGAGGAGUGAGGGCUGAAGCCCAACGAAGAGCGGCAGCGGGACCACCGCCCCCUGCCAUGUUCAGGCUAUGGCAGGAAAAGGAGGAACCACCGUUUGGGGUGGAAGAAGUGGGAAGUGAUGAGGAAGUAACUCAAGGGCUACGAGGAGGAAGUGAGACGGAAGAGGCCAUAAUCAUCGAGUCAGAUGACGAGGAAGAGGAGGAAAGAACGGAGCCUCCGUCCGUCUUAUUUGAGAAGAUGAAGGACUUGCUGGAUAAGAUGGGGAGGUACCAAGAGAAGUUGGUGGGCCUCUGUAAAGAAGUGAAAGGAUGGAGGUCUAACAUCCCCACAGCAUUCCUCUAUGACUCCGGCCCGGAGUCAGCGCCUGGGCGACCCGGAGUAAAUGUGGUGGGGUCGUGCCCUCAACCAGGAAUGAGGGGGAGACCCCUCACUCCGCAAGCCCGGCUGGCACAGGCAGCGCGAACGAGGAAUCAAGCCAAGGCCAGUACCGGCCAAGAGCCUCCAAGGGGGGAACACGAACCAGGGAGAAGGAAAGAGGUUGUGGAAGUAGAGGACGACGAUGACGAAGAGGAAGAGGAUGAGAGGCUGCGCAGAGAAGACGAUCAGAGAGCGGAGCAGCGGGCAAGGAAAAAGGGGAUCAGGGGAGAGGCCGAACCGGUCAUACAGGACGGACUGCCCAAAAAGAAGAAAUACGCGGUCCGGUUGGAAGAAGGAUUUGACGUAGAGAAGGUGAUUGACUGGCUGCUGGAAGGGCAUAAUGACCUCAUGACCCUGAAGGAAAUCCUAGCGUCAGCCCCGCGACUCCGCGAUGAACUGAAGGGGAGGUUAUCACGGCGCCUGGUGCCCAAUGUCCAUCUAGGUACGAUCCUGCCCAAGGAGGCAGAGUGGGCAGAGUCAGGUACGAAGAUGAACUGGAAGUGCAUAGCCUGCGGUACGGUGGAUUUGAUGGUAAAGGGUUCCAAGUGCGCAGCAAUGGUGGACAUCGGGGCAGAGAUGAACAUUAUUCAGGAGGCGGACGCGAUCAGAUUCGGGCUGGAUAUAGACCGUUCUGACUGUGGUAUUCUGCAUAGAGCCAGCUGUAAGGCCAUGUUUUGCUGGACAGCCUCGAAUGUGCUCGUCGAGGUUGGAAAGGUGAAGGUCAGGGCAUGUUUCUUCAUAAUGUCAAACGUGGACCAUGGAAUCCUCCUGGGGAGGUCAUUCCUAAGCAGGACAGAGACCGUGAUGUUCAACAAACAUGAUGGGACGUUGAUCCUCCUCUUAUGCGAUCCUGCCUGCGAAAAUUAUGAAAUAAUUACUUGCCAGAAUAACGGGCCAAGGAGUAUAAGGAACCGGCCCAAUCCAGGAUCAUGCAAAAUCGAGGAGUCGGAAGGGGAGCGCAGAAGGCUCUGGGCAGAGUCCGAAGUAGGAGAGAGGGUGGAAGCAUUUUCCCUCAGCCUGUCAGAUGUUGGGAAGGCCAUGGACCUGGUGGCCGCGCAUGAGAUGACAGAUCCGGAUGCCAUCCAGGCCUUGAGGGAACAAGUUCUGGAAUGCCCUGAGGCAGGAAGGUUGGAACAGGUAUAUCGGCUCCCAGGCAGUGGAGGGAACCCCGCAUCAGUGCAAACACAAUCCGAUUCGCAGAGAUUGAACGCAGUGACCGUGCGAGAUGCUGGAGGACUGCCGAAUGCAGACGCGCUGUCGGAAUCCUGUGUUGGAAAGCCUAUAAUUUCGCUUAUAGACCUUUACUCAGGAUACGAUCAGUUCCUAGUCUACCCGUCGGAUAGGCCGGUGACAGUUAUGCGCACGCCGCGAGAAUUAGUCCACAUGAACGUGGCCCAACAAGGGUGGACCAACGCAGUAGCAAUGGUCCAACGGGCCAUGAUUCGGGCCAUGCAGUCAGUCAGCCCCCAUAUCACACAGCCAUACAUUGACGAUUUGGCAGUGAAGGGGCCGGCGACGAAAGAGAGCGACGAAGUCUCACCAUGGGUAAGGCGCUUUGUCUGGAAGCACAUUCAGGAUCUCGAAAAGGUCAUGAGCCUGCUCGAAGAGCAUAACCUCACGGCAAGCGGGGCCAAAUCCAGACACUGCAUGAGGGAAGCGACUAUCUUUGGGAUAGUCUGUAAUGAGAAGGGUCGAAGGCCGGAUGUGAAGAAGACGAACAAGAUUACUGAGUGGCCAGUUCCGUUCCACUCAAUAACUGAUGUCAGAAGCUUCCUUGGUACGUGUGGAUUUUGGAGGGUCUUCGUCAAGAACUUUGCCGCUAAGACUGGACACCUGAGGAAGUUAGUCCGUCAGGAUCAGGAAUGGGUAUGGGGUGAGGAACAAGAAGAGGUGGUAGCAAAAAUGAAGGAGGAAUUUCGAGAAGGAGGGUUGGUGUUAGGAGCGCCAGAUUAUGACGCCACAGAGACGCGACCCUUCAUUGUCGAGACGGAUGCGGGACCGACUACCUUAGGGGGAGUUUUAAUUCAGGCAGACAUGGAAAGGAAGGAAAGACCCUUGCGAUUUGACAGCCGGACUCUCUGUACGACGGAGAGGAACUACUCUCAGUUCAAGAGGGAGACCCUUGCUGUCCUCCAUUGUCUGCGAAUCUUCCGGAAUUAUAUCUUUGGCAGGAGGUCUGACUUUACGAAGACAGUCAUGCCAAGAGGAGGGAAGGGGACACGGCCGCCUCAGAGGCCGUUGGGCGCAUCAGGAGGAUACGAGCGGCAUGGGCCUCGCCAACGAGAGAGUACUCCAGUCUACAAUGAUGGGGACAUCGAGCUAUUCCUGGACAGUUUCUGGGAGCAUGCGAGGCGUAUGGGUUGGACCGUCACUCAGGCGAUUGAGAGAUUGAGGGGAGCAGGUAGGUUCGAAGAGCCCAUUGCCAGGAUUCGUAGGGAGGCGACGAGAAUGGAGGAGUUGCGACCCUCGCCUGUGGGACCUGAUGGCAGUCCGUUCCGCCUGGAGAUUGAAAAUGCGUCGGACUUCAUCCCCGCGCCACUGGCUAUGCAGAUCAGGGACAUGGCACGAGAUUGGGAAAGCUGCAGGGCACAUUUGAGAGARGCCUUUCGACGGCCAGAGCUCCCUCAGCCCAGAGUCGAGAGGCGGCAGAGGAGUCAGAGGCCGAGGGACCCUGAGCCCAGGGAGGCGAGACCAUCUCGAGGAGGACGGAAGGCUCUAGCCAGGAGAGAGCAGGAGCCAGAGGAUGAGGAGCGAGGGGCAUACCCUGAGUGUGGGUUGGGGCCAGUGGAGUUCCAUCGUUUUACUGAGGGUGGAUUGAGGAGGUCGCCAGCACACACACAGGGGGAGCCACCAGCGUCAGAGGGGCCCUUGAGGGAAUUGGAGAUGCAUUUAGAUAUUUCUCGGUGGAGGGCGUCGCUUCAGGGUAAGGGGCAUGGAGGGGCAAAGAAGGUGCCACGAGAGGAGGUACCACAGGAAGAGGUCCGGGGUACUCAGCGAGAGAGAGGGCUGGGCGAUGAGGGGAGACGUGCAGGGAAGGAAGUGAUAGAGGUUGGAGAGGACACGCCCUCACAGACGCCAGCAGUGGGUUUGAGACUCGGGGAUGCACUAGGGAGCACCCGGCAGGCAAAUGAGGGGUUACAGAGAGAGGAGACCCCUUUGCCUUCGUCAGAAAAGGCUCCUUCGCCAGAAGGGAGGGCAGAAAGGAGGAGAGAGAGGGCAGCUGUAAGGAGAGAAGCUUUGAUCCUGAUUGAUAGGCACCUAGCAGCUCAUUCCCUCGAGUGCCCAGACCUGGAGGAGCCAGCACCUGCAGAGCCACGCCAGGAGUCAUGUCAGCCCGAGAAGAAGAUGGAAGCAGAAAUCCCAAAGAGGUUCGACCUCCGCACGAGGGAAAGGGUGCCAGCUGGAGAGACGGCUGAAGAACAGACGACGAGACGAACCAGGCGGAUAGAUGAGAUAUGGCAGGAGAGGCAGAGGUUGGAGGCAGCGGGGGAGCUCCCGGAGCAGCAGCAGGAGAGGCAGAGAUCGGAGGCAGCAGGAGCACUCCCGGGUCAGCCGCCUAGCGCGCCAUCCAAGGCCCCGGAAAUUCCUGAAAUGUGGAGAGACUUCUGGGAGCAGAGAGGAGAGGAGCUUCCAUCGCCAGUCAGAGCCGGGUUUGGGGUGGCCAGGAAGGCGAAAGAAAGGUUAGAUCGUAAAAUCAAGUUCCUGGCCAAGACCACUUUUGAUCGGCACUUGUUAUUGGAUGGCGAUCUGGCGGGGAAGCAAAUGAAGGAAGCCAGCCAUGGAAUACGUCUGGAGGCUAUGGAGGUGGAAAUUCAGGAACUUAGGGCUUUGGUGGCCAGCCAGGCAGCUAUCAUUGAGAGCCUGAGGCAGCGAACCCAAGGAAAGGUGGACAGACUAGAGAGCAGCCGGCAGGGAGAGUAGAGGCAGCCAGGACAGGGAUUGCCAGGACAGCCAUCUGCGAUAGAGCCUCGCCAGGA